ACGUGCGACUGUUGGUCUUGUGCCUGGGAUGAAAUGCUCUGAGCUAUGACACACCCCUAGGCUGGGUGUGUCCCUUCCUGCCAGGCAAACAUAACCUGGCAAACAUCUCCAUUGCCAUAGGUCUGGCUGUGCUGGACGGGCCCGGGCAGCGGGUGUUCAGUCUGGUGAAGGGAAGGGAGUUUGUUCCCAUCUUCAUCUCAACCUGCCUCUCCUGGGAAGCCAAGUGCAGAGCAGGCACAGGGGAGAAGCAGCCCAGGCCCCAGGCUAGCAGGAUUCUUCAGGGUAACAGACCUGCCAAAUCAUUUUGAAUUUGAUCUCUUAUCUAUUAAUUAUUGCCCCUCCACCCGGAUAACUGUCCCCUCCCUCUGCAGCUCCCUGCCCACCCCCUGCUCUAACACUGAGCUUGGGCCCAGCUCUGUGCUGGGUUUCAUAGCAUGAGCUCUUGAAUAGGAACCCAAGAGAGUGAGGCCAGGGUCAGAUAAUGCCCCUCUGGGGCUGGAUUCCCAGUGUCCUCCUGGCUCCCUCAUGCCCUCCCAGCACCUGCCCGGGUUCGAGGUGUCUCAGAAGCCUGGGGUGCUGGGGCUCAUCUCCCCGUGUUCUCCUCAUGGCCAGGCAGCAGGUCCCACUCACACCACAUGUUACUGUUUCAUUCUCAGUGCCGAGACCUAAGUUUCAGUCAACUGAUCUGGGGCCCCCUACUGUGCCCUGCUGCCCGGACGGCUGGGUCGGGUACCGAGGGAAAUGCUACUAUUUCUCUGAGACUGAAGGGAACUGGACCUACAGCCGGAGCAACUGCUCCUCCCUCGGCGCCUCCCUGGCUGGGAUCGACAGUGAGCAGGACAUGGCGUUCCUGCUGCGCUAUAAGGGUGUCCAUGACCACUGGAUCGGCCUCCAGAAGGAGCAGGGGCAGCCCUGGAAAUGGACCAACGGCACCGAAUUCAACCGCCUGUUUCAGAUAAGAGGAGGCGGUGACUGCGCGUAUCUGAAUGACGAGAAAGGGGUCAGCAGCUCACGGUGCUACAUGGGAAGACGGUGGAUCUGUAGCAAACCUGAGAUGUAUGUGAUGGGAAAAGGAACUGCACUGGAAAGGAGCUCAAAGUAAGCUUCCUAGAAAUAACAAGGAGUUCGGUGGCACCUUAAAGACUAACAGAUUUAUUUGGACAUAAGCUUUCAUGAGUAAAAAACCCUACUUAUUGAGAUGCACAGAAAUGACACGGAUACAACUCUCACCUACUUACUUGAAUGAGCCAUGUCCCCAUUCAUCAGCCUGGCCAAGCUGUGUAGUUUAAACUAUGGAUUCUUUGUAUGUGCCUUCUGCUUUUUGAACCUUUAAACUCAGGGACACAUUGUCAAGCUUUUCUGUGCAGCUGAGAGGGUCAGAUCUUAUGAGAAGGAGUCUCAGCCACAUGCUGGGGAAGGAAGGGAAGGGAAGACCUUGUUGAAUCAAGGAAGAUUUUGUUACCACCCUUACACAUCAAGCUGGGUCUGAUGAAGA